GAGAUGUCUUGUUGUCAGUGUAUAAAUAUGUAGCAUAUGACCCAUCGUCCUUCAUCACCCAAAGACCGUUGUCAUUGACGCUUAAUUGCUUCUGCAUUAUCUCUCUCUCUCUCGCGCUCUCUCUGUUUGUCUCUGUCCUACAUUUCCAGCCAGCAAGAAAGUCUUUCAACCCUUCCGAGAAGCGCAGAGAUGGAGGCAAUGAAGAUGAAGCUCUUCGUGACCAUGAUGGUGGUGCUCAUGGCUCUGGCCGCCGCCCAGACAGCCUCCGCCGCCGAAGCCCCGGCGCCGAGCCCUGCCUCGGACGCCUCCGUCUUCGUCCCCACCUUCCUCGCCUCCGUGGCCGCUCUCGCCUUGGGCUUCUUGUUCUGAGCUGCUCGCAGGAUGAGGGCGCAACGUUAGGCGGCAAGACUGCUUCUUUCCUCUUGCUUUUCGCUCGCUCUCUCUGUUUAGCUCUUGGCUAAUGAGUUUGCGGUGGGAGAAGAGAGAUUGGAGGGCAGAGAGAGAGGAGGAGAGAUUGGAGGGCGUUUGGUUUGGUUUCUCUUCAUUAUUUUUAUUAUAAAGUUAGGAACUUUAGUAAGAUUGUUGUUGGGUCUGUUGAUGAAGGGAUGAUGAUUUGUUUCUGGUUUUCUUUUCUUUUGAACUGAUUCAUAUUCAUAUGUUCGAAGGCAUUGUUACGAUAUGCCUUCUGUGCUGUUGUGACUUUAUCUAUGAAAACCUUCUUCGGAAGUAAUAAGAUUCCUCGGGCUCCAUGGAUUCGAACUC